CRUAAUUCUUCAAAGACGCGAAUUUUAUAGAAAAAUGAAAAAGCGAGUAGCAAUAAUUGGCGCUGGUGCAGCUGGAUUAACGUCUAUUAAGAACUCACUCGAAGCAGGUUUUGAACCCACGGCAUACGAAAAAAGUUCUUGGUUAGGCGGCCUUUGGUAUUACACCGAAGAAAACCACAGAUACCGUGUUGCRCCCAAAUCGACGRAUUUCAUUACAAGUAAACACUUCUCUUGCUUCAGCGACUUUCCAUUUCCCAAAGAGACGCCAAAUUACACACCAAGGCACGUAUUCCAUCAGUAUUUAGAAUCUUACGCCCAGAAGUUUGAUCUUACUAGAAGAAUACGCUUCAACACAGAAGUCUUGAAGGUAGAGAAAUGUAAAGAUUAUGAAGAUACAGGUAGAUGGGAGAUCCAUUCAAAGAUGUCUGGUGACAGUGGAAAAGAGAACGUUUGUAUUGAAGAAUUCGACUAUGUGAUGGUUUGUAGUGGGGUUUUUGUCAAGCCAUUUAUACCUAAGAUAGCUGGUAUAGAUGACUUUACGGGUCGAAUGGUUCAUAGCAGAGAGUACAGGACGUUCACUCCGUUCAUUGGUAGGCGUGUUGUUGUGGUAGGAAUUGGAAAUACAGCAGCAAUCAUCGCCUGUGAACUAAGUAGGCACGCCAAGCAAGUAUACAUCAGUACUCGACGAGGCUCUUACAUCAUUCCUCGAAUGGACGGCAAUGGAUUUCCUACCGAUUUUUCACUUGUCACACGUGCACGCAGUUUCAUUCCUGCAUCCAUUUCUAACUUCAUUUUGAACUGGAAAUUGAACUCCAUUUAUAACUUGAGAGAUUUGGGUAUGGAACCCAUGGACUACCGAAGUUUAACGUAUGUCUUGGUCAACGACGAGCUUCCGCAUCGAAUAACGACAGGAAGCCUUAUUGUUAAGGAUGAAAUUAUUGGAUUUCGAGAUAGAAAAGUGUUCUUUAAAGAUAACACAGAAAUUGAUGAGAUUGAUGAUKUCAUAUUUACCACAGGGUACGAUGCUCAACUCCCUUUCUUGCCAAAGUCUGUUUUCGAUGCAGAACAAGCGAGUAGUGGUCAUCAACUUUAUAAGGCAGUCUUUCCAGUUGAUAAUCCUCGUCCAACCCUAGCUUUCAUUGGGUUUUUUCGACUGCGUGGUGCUUUUAAACCUCUUUUGGAAAUGCAGGCACGCUGGGUGAUGCAUGUAUUCAAAGAGGAGUUACAUUUACCUAGUGUCGCAGAAAUGAAGAAAGAGGUCAAGGAACGACAAAAGAGGGCAAUCGGGAAUAAAAACCGUAGUUCUAAUAGUGAGCUAUACAUGCUGACAGAAGGUCCAUUGGCCUACUUGGAUGACAUUGCAUCCCUGAUAGGAGUCAAACCCAACUUAUGGAAACUGUUUUUCCAAGAUCCUAAGCUAGCAAUAAAGUGUUUCUUUGGUCCAGCUAUCCCAGCACAGUACCGUCUGAUGGGAACAGGGGCGUGGUCAGGGGCCAAAGACGUCAUAGAGAGAGUGGAAGAAAGCAGGUUGACUCCAUUGUCAACAAGGAAGAGCAACAAUCGAUCGAGAGGUUCUUCRUGUGUGUUUGCGUGGAUYGUGUGUAGUGUUUUUAUAUUUUUGAUUAGUAUUUUGCUGCUGGGAAGCAAAAAAGAUUCAAUCAUUCUUGUGUUCAUCAGUAAGCUGGGUGCGAAGGAAUGGCUAACAUUGCAUAAUUCUGCAGGAACACGAAUUGUAUCGACUCUUCUUCAUAUGGCAAAGCGAGUAGCGAUAAUUGGAGCCGGUGUAGGUGGUUUAACUUCUAUCAAGAACGCUCUAGAUGCAGGCUUUAAACCCACGGCAUACGAGAAGGAUUCUUGGUUUGGAGGCAUUUGGUAUUACACCCAAGAUGAACAUCGAUUCGCUGCUCCUAAAUCAACCAUUUUCAACACAAAGAAUGUUUGCAUUGAAGAGUAUGACUAUGUGAUGGUUUGUAGUGGCGCUUAUGCUAAGCCAAUUGUACCUAAAAUGGCUGGUAUAAAUGACUUUACGGGUGGAAUGAUGCAUAGCAAAUUUUACAAGACUUUCGUGCCAUUCCUAGGAAAGCGUGUAUUGGUUGUUGGACUCGGGAACACGGGAGCUGACAUUGCCUGUGAACURAGUAGACACGCAAGUCAAGUGUACCURAGUAUACGUCAKGGUACWUAUGUUYUACCACGCCUUAUUGGAGAUGAAAUACCAAUGGAUCUAUCCAUUUAUACAAGAGCAGGCCGAUUACYUCCAAAAGUACUUCAAGAUCUUCUCCUACGUCGAAAAUUAAGGUCUUUUUACAACCUUAAUGAUCUUGGUUUAGACUCAAUGAACGGUCGGACACCAAUAAUCAUMAAUGAUGAUCUUCCUACUCGCAUCUUGACUGGAACAAUCAUUGUAAAGGAUGAAAUUGCUUGCUUUAAAGACAAAAAAGUACUUUUUAMAGAUGAGACAGAGCUUGAUGACAUAGAUGACGUUAUAUUUGCUACUGGCUACGACGUACAUGUUCCUUUUUUGCCAAAGUCUAUUUUUGAUCUAGACAAAGCGAGUUAUUGCAGUCAACUUUAUAAGUUAGUUUUUCCCGUUGAUAUCCCUCAUCCAACUAUCGCGUUUAUCGGGUUUUGUCCGCUWCGUGGUUCUGGGAUACCUCUCCGGGAGAUGCAGGCACGCUGGGCGAUGCAUAUAUUCAAAGGCGAGYUACAUUUACCUAGUAAAAAAGUAAUGGAGAAGGAGAUCGAAGAACGACAAAAGGGGUUGUUUGGGAAUGGAAACCGUCGUACAGUAAUCGCAUUCAGGGACGGACCUUCCUACGCCGAUGACAUUGCAUCACUGAUAGGAGUCAAACCCAAGUUAUGGAAACUGUUUUUCCAAGAUCCUAAGCUAGCAAUAAAGUGUUUCUUCGGUCCAGCUAUCCCAGCACAGCACCGUCUGAUGGGACCAGGGGCGUGGUCAGGGGCSAAAGACGUCAUAAAGGAAGUAGAAGAAAGCAGGUUGGCUCCAUUGACAACGAGGAAAGGCAAUAAUCAAUAGAGAAGCUCAUCACGUUUGUUUGCGUGUAGAAUUGUUUAUUGGUAUCUUUAAUUGGAAUUAAUAAAGGUAAUUUGUAACGAUUGAAA